AAGUCGGAUGUUUGACUGUUCUAUCCCAUGCAACCAGGAGGCAUGCCAGCUGGACACACUUUCCUUCCGGGCCCCUGGCAGACGGGAGCCGAGACCACAGCUAGAGAGACCCUGAGCCUGAAGGUUUGUGGCUCUGUCUCAACUGUGUUGCUUAAGGAGGGCCUGCCCCAGCAAUGAUCUCCUCAUUGCUCCUGGCCUUCCUAUUCCUGGCUCUGGCCACAGUGACCGUUCCCAGAGCUGACAGUCAGUGUCUGGCAUGUGGAAGGCCUGCCCUGGACCUGGAGAGUCAGCGGGAGCUGCUUCUUAACCUGGCCAAAAGAAGCAUCUUGGACAAGCUGCACCUCAGCCAGCGUCCAACACUGAAGCGACCUGUGUCCAGAGCUGCUCUGAGGACGGCGCUGCAGUGUCUCCAUGGGCUCUCGCAGGGAGCACUUCCAGAGGCUGACAGGGGACAGGAAUAUGAGAUCAUCAGCUUUGCUGAGACAGGCCUCUCCAACAUCGACCAGACUCGUCUUGAUUUCCACUUCUCUAAUCGAACUGCUGGUGGCUUGGAGGUCCAGCAGGCCAGCCUCAUGUUCUUUGUGCAGCUCCCUCCCAAUACCACCUGGACUUUGAAGGUGAGGGUCCUUGUGCUAGGCCGACAUGACACCAACCUCACCUUGGCCACUCAGCACCUGCUGCAGGUAGAUGACAGUGGUUGGCACCAGUUCCUCCUGGGGUCUGAGGCUCAGGCUGCCUGCAGCCAGGGGCACCUGAUCCUAGAGCUGGUCCCUGAAGGCCAGUUAGCCCAGAGCUCAGUCAUCCUGGGCAGGGCUGCCCAUAGGCCUUUUGUGACAGCCCGGGUAAGAGUUGGGGGCAAGCACCGGCUUCGCCGGCGAGGCAUCGACUGCCAGGGGAGGUCCAGGAUGUGCUGUCGACAAGAGUUCUUUGUGGACUUCCGUGAGAUUGGCUGGCACGACUGGAUCAUCCAGCCUGAGGGCUACGCAAUGAACUUCUGCACAGGACAGUGCCCGCUGCACAUGGCAGGCAUGCCUGGUAUUGCUGCCUCUUUUCACACAGCGGUUUUCAAUCUCUUCAAGGCUAACUCAGCUGCAGGCACCGCUGGAGGGGGCUCAUGCUGCGUGCCCACGGCCCGGCGCCCCCUGUCUCUGCUCUACUAUGACAGGGACAGCAACAUUGUCAAGACUGACAUACCUGACAUGGUGGUAGAGGCCUGUGGGUGCAGUUAGGCCAUGGGUGGUCUGGGCAGUCCGAGGCAAGGCGAGCAAAACUGCCCUGACAGAGGUGCUCUUCCUUGAGAAGAGGGAGUGGCCCCACCACUGCCUCUGUCCAGAAGAUGGACUCCUUCUUCCUGAGCAUCGUAUGGAAAUUAUCCCAACU